AUGUGGUCGUCGGACGAGGCGGCGCCGCGCAUGUACUUCAUCCCGUUCCCGACGCCGGGCCACGCGCUGCCGAUGUCGGACCUGGCCCGCCUCUUCGCGUCCCGCGGCGCCGACGCCACCCUCGUCCUCACGCACGCCAACGCCGCCAGGCUCGGCGGCCCAGUCGCCCGCGCGGCCGCCUCGGGCCUCCGCAUCCGCGUCCACGCGCUCCGGCUGCCUGCUGAGGCAGCCGGGCUCAGGGGCGGGCACGAGAGCGCCGACGACCUCCCCACCCGCGAGGACGCGGGCCCGUUCGCCGUCGCCGUGGACCUCCUCGCGCCGCUGUUCGCCGACCUCCUGCGCCGCCACCCCGCCGACGCGGUCGUGUUCGACGGCGUCCUGCCGUGGGCCGCCACCGCCGCGCCCGAGCUCGGCAUCCCGCGGUACGCCUUCACCGGCACGGGCUGCUUCGCGCUCUCGGUGCAGCGGUCCCUGCUCCUCCACACACCGCAGGAGCGCGUCGCGUCGCCCACCGAGCCGUUCCUCGUGCCGGGGCUCCCGGACGCGGUGCGGCUCACCAGGUCGAGGCUCGCCGAGGCGACGCUCCCCGGCGCGGACUCGCGGGAGUUCAUGAACCGCAUGUUCGACAUCGAGCGCGCCACGGCCGGCUGGGUCGUCAACUCCUUCGCCGGCCUCGAGGAGAGGUACAUGGAGCACUACGAGAAGGACACCGGGAAGCCGGUGUUCGCCGUCGGGCCGGUCUGCCUCGUCAACGGCGACGGCGACGACGUCCUAGAGCGCGGCCGAGGCGGGGAGACGGGUGCCGCCGCGGAGGCCGCGCGCGUGCUGGGCUGGCUCGACACGAAGCCCGCCCGGUCGGUGGUGUACGUCUGCUUCGGCAGCCUCACCCGCUUCCCGCGCGAGCAGGUGGCCGAGCUCGGCAUGGGACUCGCCGACUCCGGCGCGAACUUCGUCUGGGUGAUCGGGGAUAAGAACUCUCCGCCGCUCCCCGACGUGGCGGCAGCAGCGGGGGGCCGCGGGCUGCUGGUCAGGGGGUGGGCGCCGCAGGUGGCCGUGCUGAGGCAUGCAGCGGUGGGCGCGUUCGUGACGCACUGCGGGUGGGGCGCGGUGACUGAGGCGGCGUCGGCUGGAGUCCCCGUGGUGGCGUGGCCGGUGUUCGCGGAGCAGUUCUACAACGAAGCGCUGGUGGUGGGAGUCGCCGGCACGGGCGUCAGCGCCGGCGCGGAGAGGGGGUACGUGUGGGGAGGCGAGGAGCUGGGCGGGGUGGUGGUGGGCAGGGAGAAGGUGGCGGAGAGGGUCCGCGCGGCAAUGGCGGACGAGGGGCUGAGGCGGAGGGCAGGAGAGAUGGGGGAGCUCGCGCGGCGGGCGGUGGAGGUGGGAGGGUCGUCGUACAAGGCCGCUGGGGCGUUGCUGGAUGAUGUGCUACGCCGGCGAUCGACGACACGGGGGCUGACGAGGGGAGGCGGCGCGUCCUGA